GUAAAAUCAUACUAGGCUACUCUUUAAUUUUAGACUGGUAGAACAAUCCGAUGAGCAACAUCUGACAAGGUAGGACCAGGACAAAUCAACAGUACACCGAUCCUGGAUCAGUACAGAGAACUGCUUUCGUCACGUGGUCCGUUAAUCCCUGUCACUGUCACCGAGGAACGUUUCUGCUGUCAUUAGCCAGAAGGACCGAUCACGCUGCGAAAUGGAGGGGCGUGAGUCCAAGGAGCCAGAACAACUCCGAAAGCUGUUUAUUGGAGGACUGAGUUUUGAAACUACAGAGGAGAGUUUAAGAGCCCACUUUGAACAAUGGGGAAAGCUCACAGAUUGCGUGGUGAUGCGGGACCCAAACAACAAGCGCUCGCGAGGGUUUGGCUUUGUGACGUACUCCUGUGGCGAAGAGGUGGAUGCUGCCAUGGGGGCUCGCCCCCACAAGGUGGACGGACGCGUGGUCGAGCCCAAGAGGGCUGUGUCCAGAGAGGACUCCUCGCGACCUGGCGCCCACCUGACGGUGAAGAAGAUAUUUGUGGGCGGGAUCAGGGAGGACACGGAGGAGUACCACAUACGGGAGUACUUUGAGACAUACGGCACGAUCGACAGCGUAGACAUCAUGGAGGAGCGGCAGACGGGCAAGAAGAGAGGGUUCUGCUUCGUCACGUUCGACGACCACGACACCGUCGAUAAGAUCGUCGCUCAGAAAUACCACACUAUCAACUCCCACAACUGUGAGGUCAGGAAAGCCCUAUCUAAACAGGAAAUGAUGUCAGUGUCAAAUCAGAGAAACAGGGGUGGAGGAUCAGGGGACUACAUGGGCAGAGGUGGAGGUUUUGGGGAUGGCAACUUUGGCAGAGGCAAGUGCCCUGUUUUUGACCAUGGCAACUACAGCAGCCGGGUGAGUGGAGUGGAGCGCUCUGACGGAGCGCGUCCCCCCUGUGUUACAGGAGGCUUCGGCGGAGGGCGGGGCGGUUACGGAGGGGACGGUGGCUACAACGGCUACGGGGGAGACGGUGAGCGCUCACAAACACGAGCCGGCCGGAAGCGCCAGGUGUUCGGCAGGUGUUACAAAACACGGCAGCGUCACCCGAGCCGCGGGCCUCUCGUGAGCGCUGCGUUUGUUGUGUCUCCAGGUGGGAACUACGGCGGGGGGCCCGGCUAUGGGGGCAGCCGGGGGGGCUACGGAGGGGAGCCCGGGUACGGAAACCAGGGAGGAGGAUUCGGAGGAUACGACAACUACAAUGAUGGAGGAAACUUCGGUGGCGGAGGAGGAGGUGGACAUUACAAUGACUUUGGCAAUUACGGUGGGCAGCAGUCCAGCUAUGGACCUAUGAAGGGGAACAAUUUUGGCGGCCGAAACUCCGGGGGUCCUUAUGGAGGUGGAUAUGGGUCCGGAGGUGGAGGUGGUGGUGGUGGUGGUGGUGGUGGCGGCUAUGGUGGUUCACGGAGAUAUUGAGUUUUGACGCUGGGAUUUGGAAAGAACCAUUUCAUCCGCUCUUAAUGGCUGAAACUCUGUAAAGACCUGGUAACAUGGAAGGUUCUGGAUGGGUAAGACAGUAUGUUUUUCAAAGUAUUAUCCAUGGCUGCCACUUGACACUCUUAAAUGUACAAUACCACAGAGGUUGAACAAAAGCAUUUGGUCUGUAAAGUAUGAGAGAAGGGUUCAUUCACCCAUUGUGUAGCCGAUCAAAUUGCACUUCUACAAAGAAUCUGAGGUUUCUGGAGCAGUCCUACAGUCAGGAAGGUUUCAACUGUGUACACAGUAUGUGUGUCUGAACAAGGACCUCACAGUGGCAGGAACAUUCAAGGGAGACUUUUGCGCAAUUGUCUGACUGUGUACAUUUACAUUUAGUCAUUUAGCAGACGCUUUUAUCCCGAGCGACUUACAGUAAGUACAGGGACAUUCCCCCGAGGCAAGUAGGGUGAAGUGCCUUGCCCAAGGACACAACGUCAUCUGGCACAGCCGGGAAUCAAACUGGCAACCUUCUGAUUACAAGCCCGCUUCCCUAACCGCUCUGCGACCUGACUCCCUAAGACUCCCUAAGUGUUGUGUUUGAGAGGGUGAAACAUGGAUAGGACUGACAGGAUUCAUUCCCUUAAGCUGGCGAGGGCAUUGCUCCCCUGCUCAGAAACUGGACACACCACAUGUGAAUAAGCACACUGCUCACUUUAAAUUACACCCAGGAAGAGUUAGAGAAUAGUGACAGAGACCAAACUGUUUUACAUGGAUACUCUAAAGAACUACAGUACUAUACUAUAUACUCUUAUCAACACCCAAAUGAAAUUGACCGCACAUACUGUACUCCCAUAGUAAGUCUUGACGAUAAACUGAAUAAAAUAAAUGAUGCAUUCC